UGCCAGGAAGACGCUGUCCGGAGUGUGAGAAAUGUGGAACGGAGACCUGGGUUAUCCCUGGAAAGAACUGCCAUGUCUGCGGCACUCCUGUUGGCUGACGAUGUCCGACCACUCGAAGACAUCAAUCAAUCUUGGGGGACCUAGGCACCUCUUUCUCCAGGGGAAAAAAGGAGGACAAAAACGCCGUCCACUUCAAAAUGACCCUUGAAAACCCUCAAAUCGUCCUUUCUUUUCGUUGUUCCUUGGAGGGGCGGAACAAAUCGUGGGAUGGUCAGGGACGACAGCGGCGACAAACACCAAGUACUCCUCAGACAGGAGCCCUUAAUCUGGGAUCGGCCACAAAGCUGGGGAAGAUCUGGAGACAGGAAUUGUACGAUAGUAUGGGAUAUCCGCAUAAACGUAAUGCAAUUAUAGAAGAGCGCUUUUUUUUUUUGGCUCAAUUGAUGAAUUAU